AUGGCCUGGCAGAACGCGCUGCAGUUCCUGCCUGUCUUGCUCUGCUUUUACUUUCUUCUCCCUUCGCUGCUCUGUGACAACUUGCUUUGCUACUACAGCCCCCUCCUGGAGAAGGAAAAGAAGUUUGACCUCAUCGUGACCGAGUGCCCUCCAAACGAGCGGUGCUUCAAGGCCGUGGGUCGCUACGGUAACUACACAGUGCUGACAUUCAGGGGCUGCUUAGUGGAAGGGGACUGCGGUAAGCUGAACAACAUCCGCUUCAAAGGGAUGCUGCUCAAUGUGAGCUACAGCUGCUGUGACUGGCUGUACUGUAACUCGUGCCUGACGGUUGAACCCCCGUACGUCACGGCGAUGCUCGUGGCCGUGGCAGUGAUGGUCUGGAACUUAUAA